ACUAUAGAAUCUACCACAAAGGAUGUGUAUAUACUAAAGUGCUGUUCAAUAGUUAACUAUUAAUUAGUGACCAUGACCAUGACAUUUUUCAGUCUGUAUAUAGCCAAAGCUUAUUCUUAUUUCUAGCUAUAGACUCUAUAUGAAUAAAUGGCCACUGGUUGUCAGCCUGCUUGUACUAUUGACCAAGUUGUGAGCCAGCAUAAUCAAGCAAAUGGAUUGGCUGUCAUCAUCUCUAAUGACUACCAGAACACUCGAGACUUGCUUACACUCGAAGGCACCAUCAAAGACAGUCAAAACAUGAAGAACACGUUUGUGAGUGUAAAACUAGCUGUUAUCGCCAGACACAAUGUCCUUUACAAUGAGAUGCUGGCACUUCUUUCAAGCAUAAUUGCAUUUAAGCGUUAUCCCUCUACGUACAAGAGGCUGGUGCUCGUUUUUUCCGGGCAUGGAAUCUCAGACCAUCUUCUCUAUACUAACGAUGCAACCUUGACUACAAUCAGUAUCAAUGACAUCCUAAAGGAUUUCUACAAUGCCUCUCACCUAGCCAAGAUCCCUAAGGUGUUUUUUGUAGAUGCUUGCCGUGGUGAUCAGAGAAAUCUUGGAAUGAUGGUGUCCUCCAGAGGGGGCAAAUCCAUUACGGACAUCGUACCAGCUGAGGGAAACUGGUUACUGGCUUACUCCACACUACCCAGGCAUAAGUCGUACGAGGAGCAAAGCAAGGGAGGUGUGUGGAUGUCUAAGCUAGCAGAGAAGCUACGCACUGAAGAUACUUCACUGGUAGAUAUCCUAACAUCUGUGAAUGAAGAAUUGGUGGAUCUCUACAGCGAAGACAAGACAUAUCCAAUACAACAGCCAGAAUACAUCUCACGACUAAAUAGCAACAUCUUCUUUCUCAGGGAAGCAAAAAGGAUCAAACCUUCAGGAAGAACAGCUAGCACAUGUACAGGGUACAAAAAAGUGAAGGAGCCAAUUCCCCAGUACCAAAGAGCCAACUCACAACCAGCAGCUCCAACUCCAAGACCUCCACCCACGUUGGAAUCGAGUCCAGUUUGUUCCUUGCCUCCUAUGAGUACUAGUCCCGUCAUCAAACCUGCACCCACAAAGAAAAAGUCCCCCAGAGGUACUAGUCCCGUCAUCAAACCUGCACCCACAAAGAAAAAGUCCUCCAGAGGAGCGAGCGUUGCUGGCACAGCACCAGGCAGGAAACCCCAAGAUAAACUCGAAUGGUACUCCAAUGUAAUAGGUAAAAAAAAUCCAAUUUUUACAUCAGAGAAGGUGGGCACACGAAAGUACAUUGGCAAGGCAUACAUUCCUCAGACGUGCGGUUGGAUCAGUGGGGACGUCAAGAACACAAAGGGAGAGGCUGAGGAUGAUGCUGCUGCCAAAUUAGUGGCAAAACUCAAUAUCACAUAAAUUAACUCCUAUAUGGUAGCGUCGAUCUCUGCAGACAUCACAUGCAACUAUAAUCACUGCACGGAACAUGCAAUGUUAAUUUCUUUAAAAGGGAAAUUUUAGAAUAGUUUAUUUUAUCUAUGUUUUGUCAUGUACUUCUGGUUUUGUUCAUACGUAGCACAAAUUACG